UUACCAUUUAACAAUUGAAAUGUUUAAACGCGUUUUAAUUUGUUUCCUGAUAUUCCUUUUAAAACAUAUAAAUGCGUAUAAUUUUGAAAUUAAUUUGACAAAGCAACUGAGCAAGGGUCGAAUGGCGCGGAACUUUGUGUAUUCUCCAUUUGCGAUCCGCCAGGCCCUAGGACUUCUCUAUCUCAGCAAGGAUAAUGUCACGGACCAGCAGUUGGAAAGUGCCCUUCAAUUGACAGGACUUCGUCACGAGGAGAUCAUAUCCUUAUUGGGAGAAGCCCGAGAAAAGGCUGCCAGGGAACGACUUACAAUCACAAAUCGCAUUUAUUUGUCCCCGGAUUACAAUGCAUCGCCGAACAUUACGCAACUUGGCGGAAAUCUCGGCAUGGAAGUGAAAAACAUGACUUUCUCCAGCGAGCAAAGCGCAGCAAAUGAGAUCAAGAAGUGGUUAAAUAGGUGGAUAGGCAAGGCUGGAAAAAAUCUAUUUGGCAAGAACGAUAUAAGCCAGACCACUCAAGUUGUGGCUGUUCAAGGAAUGUCAUACUCAUGUGUGUGGAAAAACCGAGAAAAGGCGUUGACAAAUAGGACAUUUACUUUGCUGCGGCAGAAUAGGAAACCCUUUGUCUAUACGGUCGAAAUGAUGUAUACCGAAGCACCGAUGGAGUUUUUCAACAAUGAUCAAGUGCGCGGCGUUGUGGUUCCAUUCAAUAACAGCGAUAUGGAAAUGCUGGUAUUACUGCCAAGGCCAAAGUAUAGUACCCAGCAAAUAAUGUUCAGCCUGGACACAAUUUUGAAAAUAAAGUUGCGAAUGUCGAAGAAGACGCAUCUCUUUCUGCCAAAAUUUAAAGUCAGCGAGAGUGUGGAUCUCAACAUGGCCCUAAAGGCUUUGGGCAUCGAAAAUUUGUUUACUAACGGGGUCAGGAGAUCUAAGGCCAAUGCUGCGAAUUUUAAGCAGUAUAAUUCCCUGGAUGCCGAUCAAAAUCGGGUGCUAAUAACUAUAGAUGUGGGCGAUGACUUCGACGAUAGAGUGGUAUAUGUCAACCGGGGUUUUGUGUUCGUAAUCAGGGACAAGAGCAACAUUUACAUGAUCGGUCGCAUGGAUGCGGUUUGACAGUGCCAACUUACAGGAAUUUGCAGUGAAAUGUCAGCCGAGUUGUAAAUUAAAUUAACUUGAAUUAAUCCAAACAAGAGUCGCACAAAACUGUGUUUAUUUCGGCCAUUAGUCAGAAGGUUGGUGCGGGCUUAUCCCGCAAAUUCCCCGAUGGCAUUGUUUACAACGUUGCCGCGCAUAUUAAUUGCCUGUUUAAGCAAAUUGAGGCCACAAAACAUCAGCAUCAACGUUGUUUUUCAGCUCCUGUUCCCUUUUUAACGUUUUUUUUUUUUGCCGCUUUGUUUGUUUGGUGCCCCGUGGCAUUCCACAAUUACUCGCGAUUGCGGUGCCACCGAAGCCAAAUGCUGACAAUUGCAUCAUGGCAGCCGAGUGGCGACCCUCCUCGCCAGCUGCAAUUGCAUAAAUUAUAAGACUGGGGCACCGGAAACCGACGCUGAUUUCCCACCAACCCAGCGCUGCCACAAAGACAUCGACGGCAGCCCUCUAAGUGUCGGUUGCUCUGCAGGACUCGGAAUGCACGGCAUAAAGGAUGUGAAAAGUGGUACGAGGUGCCGGUCUCCUGAGCUUCAGUACACCGCUUUGAUUUCGGGUUAGCUGUCACUGGUUUUAAGGUCGAAUAAACACAGGUAUCCAGUGUCGCCAUAAAUUAUUCAAGUUCCAGGUUAAUCAACCGUAUCUUUGCAACCAUUAAACUGCGAAUUUUAAAUUUUUCCUUUGAUUUAAAAGGUUUGGUCCAAACAAUUUGCCUUUAAGUUAAGUUAUUUUAAAUGCAGACACCUAAAGAAGUUAAAUCUAAAUUUUGUUGACUAGCCACAGCAAUUUAUGAUAUGCAAUGUGUUAACGGAUAAGAAUUGCCAAAUCACUGGAACAUUUAUAAACAAGUAGAGUGAUGUAGCUAACAUUCCAACGCUAAUCAGAGAACAAUUAACCUAGAAAACACUACACCAAUUUGCGGGUUUUUUGAGUUGUUGCACAACAUGACAUUGCCCAUACGCCCCGUUGUCCGCACAAUCACAACAAACUUGCAUGCAGCAAGUGCGUUUACGGGUUUUAAUAAAAACCACUGGCGCCUACAAUUCACAUGGCCAGCAGGAGUUCCCGGUCAGGAAUUUAUGCCUGUGCAGUUUUCCAUCGAUUUUCGUCUUGCGCCACAACGGACUGGGGAUGAAACACCAAACACAUAAAACGGAUUUGAUAUUAAAAAAAUAUGCAG